AUGUUUGGUCGCUUCAAGCCUGGUGGUGAAGAAAGGUGUGUUGUUGAUUGGUACGAUAUGCACCACGGCACCAAUCGAGCCACGGAUUUAAUCGAAGCGUUGAAAAAGGUCGUUUAUCACCUCCUCAAAAACUUACUACGGAAAAUAGAUAAAAUGGAAACAAUGAAAGCUAUAAUGGAAAGCCAUGUUAAAACCGGCCGGAAAGAAAGUUCGCACCGGGAUUUGUCCAAAUACGCACUGAAGGGACUCGUUUAUCAGCUCUUCAAAACCUUACUACGGAAAAUAAGUACAAUGGCAAACGAUGUGAGGAAUGUCAUAAAGUACCUUAAUCGAUGCUUCUUGACCGACAUCCCCGAGGUGAAAUAUAUCAGAAGAUAUCCACCCCCUCAAAACCUUACGCAACCGACAGCCUGGAGAUCGAUCAAAGCUGAAGCUAUAUACUUUAUUCGAUGCAACUCUUUGACCGAGGACACAACCGCUGCCGAACAGAAAAAUAUGAAAAAUGGCAAACGAUGUGGGGAAUGUUGUGUUAGCUACUUUUCCAAAACUGAUGGUCACGUAAGUACCUUAAUCGGAUUUUUAUUGACCGAAGGGCGUGAGGUGAAA